GUGGUCAUGAUGGGUCGAGGCACAGGGCGGGGGGGAAAGGGUGAUGUGGGUGUCAAAGUGGGCGGGUACGUGCCUAGUCUACCUGGUUUGCUGGUAACCUAAAGGAGCAGUAUAGGAGUAAGGUAAGGUAGAGGCAAAGACAAGCAAUCAAGCGUGGUAAAAGACGAUAGACGAAAGGAACGAACGACAGCAAAGGGGGCGAGCUGCAGGCCGUACUCCGUAGCCAGGCCCGAGAUGAGACGAGACUCGGGGGAUUGGGAUAGCGUCACACGCCAGAGAGGAUCGGCUGACCGCUGGUGUUUUGCGGGGGGGCUAUUGCUGGCGCUGGUGAGUUGGGCCCGGUCCAGUCGCGUGCGUCGUCCACUGGGGAAGCAGGAGACAAGUUCCAUUGGAACGGGAUGCGGGAGAAGGGGGGGCAUCUUUCGCCUCACUGGGAGGUGCCAGCUUGCCAGCUUGCCAGUGUCUCCGUUUGGGCCACUAGGAAAGAGAAGUCAGGAGCACGCGAGACUGGAAGAGUGGACAGUUGAGAUGAGGUAUCACGGUAUGUACCAAAGUAGCCAAUGGGGCACGAACUGUCCGAGUAAGGCAACGUGGAGAAAUGCGCAGCGCAUGAGGAGAAAGAAAGGUUACAAGCAUGGGAAUGGCGGUUUGGCGGCGGUUCAUGACCAACAAUCGAAAAGGGCGAACCAACAUUGCCCUUGUUGCAGGAAAUGACAAUCAAAGAGUGGAAGAGUGCAGUGGAACCCUGCCCUGGGCUGAACAGAACAGGGUACCAUCGCUGCACUUCUAUGUUUGUUACCGGUAGUCAGCCGUUGAACCGUUGAACUUGAACGGGCCUGCCACACGUCGCGG